UUAGUCACUUAAGUUCACACUCUUCCGCCAAACACAACACACUCUCGAAGCUCACGACAUACAAAAACACAUACGCCGCCGCUCACACCCACUUACCCGGCGAAUUCACGCUCAUCCAGUCUCACAGCAAACAGUUAACCCUCCAACAAAACCAGACCACACACACACACUCUCUCUAUCUAUCACACACAAACACACACCAAUCGCGUAAGCACAGCAACAGCAGGAGGCAAUCAGAUUGAUUCAUUCACGCUUAUUCGCAGAAGAGAUAUGGUAUCGACAACCCUGUUCAUCGUAGUCGUGGGCUUCGCCUUCCUCGUCAUCGACACAGAAUCGAUCUUCCUACCGAAACGCGCUAAUGGAUACGAAGGUCGGGACAGCAUCAUUGAUCCGAAGAAGAGGCCGUUCUGUAACGCCUUCACCGGUUGCGGCCGCAAGAGAUCCAAUCUUCCGGCUCUGUCGAUGCAGGGGGACAACGAUGAGACGAUCGACAGUCUUCUUGAGUUGAGCGCCGAACCGGCCGUCGAGGACCUCUCUAGGCAGAUCAUGUCGGAGGCGAAGCUCUGGGAGGCCAUUCAGGAGGCAAACAUGGAGAUACUGCGCAGGAAACAGGAAUCUGCUGAAGGAUACGAAGAGGAACCUGCUACUCCAGCUCGCAGCGCCACCGCCUCUUGCGCGCUUCCGCCCUGCUACAUCUAAACCAAAAACAGCAUCCACACUGCAAAAAACUGUUAGAUACUUAUGAAAGAAUCACGCUAAUUCGCUUCAACUAUUGUAGAAUUGAGGAACAUGCUGAAACGAUUUGUGCACAAUCGUUUACGAAUCACACACCACACGCACAUAUCUAUAGUAUACCAACACAAAUGUAUGG